AUGGCUUCAUACUUGAAUCACUUCAGCUUGUUGCGAACCAUCUCCCUUUUAUACUUUCUAUUCACACUCAUUUGCAGCGGAUCAUCUCUAAGCCAUGAUGAGGAAUGCUCAGCCUUGUAUCUGUUCAAGCAAAGCUUAAUUCAUCAAGAUGAUGAGUUUUGCGCUGCUACUUGGUUUCAAACAUUCAAAUCUUGGAAGCCCAGAACCAGAAGCAAUGCAUCGGAUGCUGGUUUUGAUUGUUGUUCGUGGUAUGGGGUGGAGUGCAGAAAUGACCAUGAGAAUGGUCAUGUGAUCGGCCUUGACUUGAGCGAAUGCUCUCUUUGCAGGCAUAUCAACUCUAACAGCACUCUCUUCAGCCUUGUUCAUCUUCAGAGGCUCAACCUUGCCAUGAACAACUUUGAUGAAUCUCACAUCCCAUCUGAGAUUGCUCAUCUAAAGCAAUUAAGAAGCCUCAAUCUCUCUUAUUCUGGGUUUAGUGGCCAAAUCCCAAACGAAAUCUCAGAGUUGAUGCAAUUGUCUUCCUUAGAUCUGUCGAUGAAUCUACUAAAGCUUCAAACUCCUAGUGGCUUCGAGAAUCUAGUGCAAAACUUAACAGGACUCGAAGAACUCGAUCUCUCAUGGGUUGACAUUAGUUCUUCCGUACCUCAUUUCUUGGCGAACUUUUCUUCUUUGAGGUCAAUCAGGCUGUAUAAUUGUUUGCUUCAGAAUGAAUUCCCAAAAGCCAUACUUGAGAUGCCAAAGUUAGAAAUACUUGAUGUGGCAUCAAAUACCAACCUCAUUGGUUCCAUUCCUGAAUUUCAUAGCAGCAGCUUGCUUAAAUUGGGCCUUUCGGAUUGA